AUGGCGCUCCAGUCCAUGCUUCUGCCCGAUGAAAUCCUGCUCAUGAUCUUCAGCCAUCUGCCUUUACAAGAUAUCAAGUGUUUGCGGCUUGUUUGCCACUGCUUUCUUGACUGCUUUUCCCAGUUCCUACUCUGGUCUCUCGGCAUCUCUUCUGCAUCCCGAAGCCUUCAUUUCUACAGGAAAGUCUCCUCCGAUGACCUCUUCCGCAAAGACAUUUCCACAAUUGUCUAUAACACUAGACUGAAUCACACAAUCACGGCAGAACAUGACAACGUUCUUCCAGACGUUCAACUGGCGCCUGACGCCUUUGAUCAGUGUUACAGCGUCUACGACUUACUAUGCUACGGCAUUCCACGUCUGCCCAUGCUACGAGAGAUAAUGAUCACAGACCGAGCAUUGCAAUUAUCUCCAAAUCUAAGCACCACAGAUUCUUUCAUCAACUCUCUUGAAACCAAUCAAGCGCAGACCGCAGAUGACCAGCUUAGCCUGUUCGUCUUGCUGCGAGCACUCUCGGCAGACACAGCAGACCUCAGACUUUCCGAAUCUCCCUGCAGAAUUGCAUACCCGGCACUCCAUCCUUGA